AUGGGCUGCCUGCAGAGCGUGGCGUGCAAGGCGCGCGUGCGGCGGGAGCACAUCGUGGUGUCGGACGUGUCGGCGUGCAUCGAGCCGGGCGCCACGGCCCUGGAGGAGACGUCGCCCAUCGUGCUGCGCUACCGAACGCCCUACUUCCGCGCCGCCGCGCGCGUCCUCAUGCCGCCCAUCCCGCGGCGCCACACCUGGGUGGUGGGCUGGAUCCAGGCCUGCAACCACAUGGAGUUCUACAACACCUACAGUGACCUGGGCAUGUCAAGCUGGGAACUCCCAGACUUGAGAGAAGGGCGUGUAAAAGCCAUCAGUGACUCGGAUGGCGUGAGCUACCCCUGGUAUGGGAACACCACAGAAACAGUGACCUUGAUUGGCCCCACCAAUAAGGUCUCCAGGUUCUCCGUCAGUAUGAAUGACAAUUUCUACCCCAGCGUGACAUGGGCUGUUCCUGUGAGUGACAGCAAUGUGCCACUACUAACCAGGAUCAAACGGGACCAAAGCUUUACGACGUGGCUCGUAGCCAUGAAUAUGACCACCAAGGAAAAGAUUAUUUUGCAGACUAUAAAGUGGAGGAUGCGAGUGAACAUUGAAGUUGAUCCCAUGCAGCUCUUGGGCAAGCGAGCCCGGCUAGUGGGGAGGACUCAGCAGGAGCAGCCCAAAAUUUUGAGCAGAAUGGAACCCAUCCCACCAAAUGCACUAGUGAAACCCAAUGCCAAUGAUGCCCAGGUCCUUAUGUGGAGACCCAAAAGAGGACCGCCUUUGGUAGUGAUACCACCCAAAUAAAAGAUACACUUGAUGGUAUCAAUGAGGGCUUUUGCCACCACUGGCAUGGAUAACUGAGCCAAAGAAGACCUCCGUGUUCACCUGCCUUUUGCAAUACAAGUGCAAAUAGGGCGUCUUCAAGACAGCGUGAGAUCACAAUGGCCAGUGCUGGGCCACAGCAGAGUAGCUGGAUUUACGGACUUUGGAAGAAGAUUUAGGUUGUUUCACACUUCACGUGUGUUCUCAUGUGGAAAGAGGCUGAAACACAGAGAUCCAGAGUUUGAUUUCCAGUGCCUGUGGCCAAUGCUGCUUUCCAGCCAACUAGAUGUAGUCCUGGAGGCUGUUCUUACCAGACAUUCUGUGCAAUGCCUGUUCUUUGGGUUAAGGCAGGAAGGGAUGGCAUAUCCCCACAACAUGAUACCUAUGCAUUUUUGAUUGAUAAUCAAUAUUAUCACCUGCUCGUUAGAAGGAAGAAAAUGUUUACAAAGGGGGAGAACAAGAAUGCCGUCUGUUAAGCUUCACUCUUGUAGAAAGUGCAGCUUUAGCCUGAGGAAACUGUCCAUGGUGCUGAACUAAAACACAUUUUGAACUACCAAUAAUAUCACCCACUCUCCCUUUUUCUGGGGCUAAUUGAUUCGGCCUCAUCGGGUUCAGACCUUUUGCAUGUUUCUCAGUGUGUUUCACGUAGUUGUAAGUGUAGGAGUUCUGCCAUAGUUUUCUAUGCUGUGGGUGAAAUGCAAGGCAAAUCAACUGGCUAUACCUUCAAAACAAAACAAAACAAAACAAAAAACCACUUAUCAUCCCCAACUCUGCUUUUUAUCAAAGCACAGUUAAUCUGUAUUUCAAAAGUUUGUCUGUGCACAGUAUGUUUCUCCAGCUCAGUGGGAAAGGGUUAUAUCUGGCAUGCUGGAAGAAGACCCAGAAAAGCCCAGGCACAAUAUUGCUCAGUGCUUGGGGUGUGUGUGUGUUGUUGGCAUGCUGUUUCUGCCCUAGGAAGAUUCAGACUGCCAUUGAACAAGGAAAAUGGGUAAUGUUGGAAACGCUGCUUCUUUCCAUAUCCUCCCAAUCAGCGACAGUUUUGCUCAUGGUGGAGAAAAGACUGGGAGAAAGAACCCCACCUGGAGCAAAAGCAUUCUCUUGUUAAUGGACAGUCAGAGCUGCACAGAAGCUCACAAGGUUAGAUGCCACUGACUUACUGACUGGC